AUGAGACGACGCGCGUACAUAGAGACGUACGGGUGCCAGAUGAACGUGAGCGACAGCGAGAUCGUCGCGUCCGUGCUCGGAGCCAGCGACUACGACCUGACGGACACGCACGAGGACGCGGACGCCAUCCUCGUCAACACGUGCGCCAUACGCGACGGCGCGGAGGCCAAGAUCUGGGCCAGGCUGCGGCAGCUCAAGGCUGUGAAGCGCGACCGAGACGUAAGGCCCGCGCCCGUGGUGGGAGUACUCGGAUGCAUGGGCGAGAGGCUGAAGGGGAAGCUCCUGGAGGCGGACGGCCUCGCGGACCUCGUCGCGGGCCCGGACGCGUACAGGGACCUUCCCAGGCUCAUAGACGCGGCGAGGGGCGGCGGCGACCAGGGUCUCGCCAUCAACACGCAGCUUUCGCUCGAGGAAACGUACGCGGACAUCGCGCCGGUGCGAAGGUCCGACGCGGGUCCCUCGGCGUUCGUGUCCAUCAUGCGCGGGUGCAACAACAUGUGCGCGUUCUGCAUCGUGCCGUUCACGCGCGGCAGGGAACGGUCGAGGCCGCGCGGAUCCAUCCUCGACGAGGUCAGGAGGCUCUCCGACGAGGGAUGCAAGGAGGUGACGCUGCUGGGUCAAAACGUCAACUCGUACGCGGAUACGAAAACCAGCGACGCCUUCGAGAGGUACUACGCCCCGGGGUUUAAGAGCGUGUACAAGCCGAGGAGGGACGGAGCCGUCCGAUUCGCCGAGUUGCUCGACGCGGUGGCGGACGUCGACCCGGAGAUGCGGGUGCGUUUCACGUCCCCGCACCCCAAGGAUUUCCCCGACGAGGUCCUGCGCGUCAUCGCGUCCCGUGCCAACGUGGCGAAGCAGCUGCACAUGCCCGCGCAGAGCGGUUCCAGCUCGGUGCUGGAACGAAUGCGGCGGGGGUACACCAGGGAGGCGUACCUGGAUCUGGUGGAACGCGCUCGAAGGGAUAUCCUGGGCGUGGCGCUGUCCAGCGACUUCAUCUCGGGUUUCUGCGGCGAGACGGAGGAGGAGCACGCGGACACGGUGAGCCUCAUGAAGGCGGUCGGGUACGAGAAGGCGUUCAUGUUCGCGUACAGCAUGAGGGACAAGACGGCGGCGGCGAGGCACCUGACGGAUGACGUGCCCGAGGAUGUGAAAAAACGUCGGCUCGCGGAGGUCAUAGACGCGCAGAGGAAAGGGGCGGAGGCUGCCAACGCGCGGGAGAUCGGGCGCGUGCACUGCGUGCUGGUGGAGGGCGAGUCCAAGAGGUCGGAUGAGCGCAUGUCCGGGCGGACGUGCACGAACAAGCGCGUCAUCAUCGACGGCGUCGAUACUUUCGCCGAAUACUCCCCUUCUUCUUCUUCGUCGGGGAACGACAGUCCCGCGGUGGUUGGGAUUCAUUCGGGAGACUACGUCGCCGUGCGCAUCGAUCGAGCGGGCGCGAACACGCUCUACGGAACCCCGCUCGGCAGGACAGAGCUCACGCGGUUUCACCGGAUUCACGGCGCUAGCUUUGCGCGAGGUGUUUGA